UCUGUGUGAUGUACAUGUACUUGUUCUGUAUGUUCACAUGUUAUCUGUGUGAUGUACAUGUUCUGCAUGUUCACAUGUUAUCUGUGUGAUGCCAGUCUCACUUUUACAAUAAAAGAAAGCCCAACACAGCAAAAACAAGUCGUUUUUUAUUUUAAAUACAAAAUCACAUAACUUAUUCCAUGUUAUAUUCGAUCUUCUUUGCAAUACACAUUCUUCUCUUAUAUAAUAAUUUCCCCUUUAAUAAACCUUAUUACUGUCACUAACUACUAACAUGCACUAAAAGCUUUGAAAGCUGUGAUUAUUUAUUUGGUGUCUAUUGUUAUCAGUGAAGCUGAGGGCUCCAUAAAUAGCUUGAACAAAUGUCCCUUUUGUCUUCAUGUCCCGUAAAGAAUCAUUAAUUGCUUGUAGUAGGAGGGGAGUACUUUACGUCGCAUUUCUUUCUCAUUGUUGACUUCUACACGACUUCGGUCUAUCCCCAUAUCAUCCCCAUCCCUCUCGGCGUGAUGAAAUAAUCUUUAUUAUGCUUACUCAAAACAAAUGAACGGCGAUUGAAUCUAACUAACUCGUGUUGAUUACUUUUUUUCUCAUCUCCACAGAACCCUACGGCCUCUCGUCUGACUACAAAACGUUACUUCUAAUACUGGCCAAAUAUGAAGACUAUAGCAGGCAUCCUAUUAGCUUUCUUGGCCGUGCAGACUGUUGUUCAAGAUGUACAGUGCCAGGCCAUUUUCGAAAAGCAGUUGGUCCAACUCAAGCGAUUGAGAGAGCAAGCAGAGACCCACAGAGCCACUUUCCGAGCAUGGAAAACCAAGUAUGAUUCUCUUGACAUUUCUCGAAAAGAUUUCCUUAAGGGCGCCAAAGAAAGAAUUUCCACGGAACUGAGACGUAUUGAAGAGGACAAUGCCAAAUCUUUGCCAACUGAACAAAAUGCUUAUUCAGUUCUCCGUUUCAACACCGAAGACGCACAACGCCACAAGAAGACUGAGAAUGAUAGACUCUCAAACAGCACGCUGCACAGUUCUGGGUUACGUCAGUGUUUUAGAGACUCCAAAGCCCUCCUGACAGAGGCUGCAAAGUUUACAUCAUGGGCAUUGGAAAUGCUGGACUCCAAUGGCCGUCCUGGGCCAGGUUUCUUCGAAUAUCGGACCAUGUGGCCAGGGUCCUUUGACGAGUGUGUUGCUGUGAGAGCGGAGUACGAACAAAGGCCAAAAAAACUUCGCACUUUCAGGGGGCGCUAUUGUAACGCCUUUGGCGAUAUUAUCAUACCAGGCCUGCUUGCGCUCCCUUCCGAUGUGUGGGGUUUGUGUUUGCCGGAUUCAUGUAACAGCACGGAAGCCUUUAUACUUGUCUAUUCUCUUUUGAAGCAGUUCAACAUUUCAGAGUACAGACUGAGACUCAUAGACUGUCACGAACCUAUUGAAAUGCCAGCAAAAACAAUUGCAGUGAUUUCCCUAGUUUUAUUGCUUGUUGCCCUUGUCACAGUUGCCACAGCAGUGGAUCUCCUUCUUAUUCAAUGGCCAAAGUGGAAAACGCAAGAACAGUCAGAGACUCACACACAGGAAAACGGACACAACAACAUCGUCUACGAAAACGGUAGCCAUGAGCUGACGACUAUACUCGGGGUCAAUUCGGACAUCAGUGAAUACAAGCCCGGACUCCCUGUGAGACUUUUGCUUACUUUUUCAGCUUGGACAAACGGGGAGAUGAUCUGUGCUACCAGUCAGCACAAAGACGCCUUAGGAUGUCUCAACGGGAUACGCGUGAUCAGCAUGUCCUGGGUGAUUCUGGGUCACAGCAUCUUCUUCAUGCUCAUCUCUACCGACAACAUACUCUCAGCCGUCAUGACUUUUAUGGACCGCUGGACGUUUCAGGCAAUCAUUAACGCAACAUUUUGCGUUGAUUCGUUUUUCGUACUCAGCGGUUUGCUUGUAUCGUACCCAACUCUCUCUGUGAUGAAAAGCACAGAGGGAAAAAUUAGCUGGUUCUCGUUUUACUUCCACCGCUAUCUACGCCUCACGCCUGCCUACAUGCUGUGCCUAGCCGUGUACGUGACCACCUUGCCUUUCUGGAUGGACGGCCCGUUUUACCCUCGGCGGGGAAUCAACAAUAAUUUCUGCGAGACUACUUGGUGGAAGAACUUACUUUACAUUCAGAAUUUCUUCCAUGACGAUACCAUGUGCUUCUCGUGGAGCUGGUACCUGUCCGCUGAUAUGUGCUUCUACGUUCUCAGCCCUCUCAUGAUCGCGCCCCUGCACUUUCGCCCAGUGAUAGGGUUCAUAAUCAUCGGUCUCUUUUUCCUUGCUACGACAGUCACGCCGUUUGUCCUGACAAUGCUUCAUUACUUUGGGCCUGGAGUUGGGGACGUUGCUGGACAUGUGGAAGAAGGGGACAGAGUCUACGAUUUGUACUUCGCACCUUACUGCAGGAUGGGUCCCUAUCUAGAGGGUAUCCUCCUCGGCUACGUGUUGAACCGCACAAAAUGGCCCAUACGCAUAUCUCGUGUUGCAAACAUCACCGGAUGGUGUGUAGCUACGGCCACUGCUCUGGCGGUGCUGUAUGGACUAUUUGAGUACGGCAACGGGAAGGACAUUGACCUGGUUCUCUCCGCCUUUUACAACGGCCUGAGCCGCAGCGCCUGGGGUCUGUGCGUGGCUUGGGUCAUCUUCAGUUGUGUCUCGGGCAAGGGCGGACUCAUCAACUCUUUCCUCUCCAUGCCCGUGUGGAUUCCGCUGGGUCGGCUCACCUACACUGUGUUCCUAAUUCACCCUAUCCUCACCAUGACCUGGGCGUUUGCAAGACGUACUCCCUACUAUCUCGAUGACUUGAGUAUAAUUAUGGUCUACUUAGCUUGUCUCCUGGCGGCCUAUUCUGUCGGCUUUAUUGUGUCUCUAGUGUUUGAAGCACCGUUUAUGGGCUUGGAAAAAAUUCUUAAAAAAGAAAAGUUUCCCCUGUACAUAGAAAGCGCGGUCCACUUUGAGGACAAAGACUCCACGAAAGGCUGCUACAGACGUCGAGAUGGAGAUGACGAUCCUCGUUGGCCUUGUGAAAGUACAAAGGUACAGGCCAAGGCCGUACAGAGGCACACAAUUGGUCGCUUUUUGGAGAAGGUUAAGGAUGUCAGUUGUGACCCAGGGCUUAUUGACUCGUCGGUGUUUUCCGAGGAUCUGACUGGCUGUUUCAGUCACUGCUGUAUUGAAGGUGUUGAUCCACGUGUCCAUGUCUGUAUCAUUAUUGUUACCAGCAUCAAUGACAGUGACAAUGAACUUUUCUAG